UUCACCUGAAACUGAAAAAGAAACAACCACAACUCAUGAAAAUGUAUCCACAUCAAGCAAACCAGAACAUCUGACAAGUGGACAUUUAAGCCAACCAACAACUGAAGUUAUUUUAACUGCUUCUACUACAGAAAUUAAACAUUCAACUGAAAAACAGAUAUUAGUAACAUCAAUGUCAUCAACAUCAUCAGUUGAAACAUCAACACUGUCCUUAUCCACGACAGGAAACAAAACAACAGAAGUUGAAAGCACUACACAGGCACAAAGUACAAGCAAGUUAUCAAUAACAUCAGAAACCUCAAUUGCGCCCAUUACAAAAACUCUUGCAACAAUCACUGGUAAAGCGUGGACAACACUUCAGACUACUAGUGAACAAACCACUGAGAUUGAAUUUAUCACAUCUCAAACACCUUUGUCCACCACCACCAGGCCACCAAAAGUGGGGACGACUGGCCUAACGAGCCAACCAACGACUACAGCAAGAACCACUUUAGAAGACGUAACAGGCACAUCAUCUGAAACAUCAACAUCUACAAGCACAGCCCUGCCAGUGUCUCAAACUUCAUUGCCAGUUGUUACAUCCACACAGCCAACAACGCUGACAAAGACAACUGCUGUAAAAGUCUCUACCCUUGAGCACACAACAGUGAGUGUAGAAUCAUCCACUGGGUCUGAGGUUACCACUCAGGGUCUUUCUUCAACAACAAAACCACUCAAAGCUGAAACUACUCUUUCAACCACCACACCAGCCAUCCCAUCCACUACUGUCAUUGUCGAAGAAGGAAGCACCACUGCCCAAGCAUCUACAGAAUCAUCAGCUCCAAGCGGAUUCUCAACAACUUCAAAAUCAUCUACAGCUACUCAAACAACUGGACAACCAACAACAACUGAGACUGUAACUGAGAAUGAAUUAUCCACAACUCAGACACCUUUGUCCACCACCACCAGGCCACCAAAAGUUGGAACUACUGGCCUAACAAGCCAACCAACGACUACAGCAACAACCACUUUAGAAGAGGUAACAGGCACAUCAUCUGAAACAUCAGUGUCUACAAGCACAGCCUUGCCAGUGUCCCAAACUUCAUUGCCAGUCAUUACAUCCACACAGCCAAUAACGCUGACAAAGACAACUACUGUACCAGUCUCUACCCUUGUGCACACAACAGUAAUUGUAGAAUCAUCCACUGGGUCUGAGGUAACCACACAGGGUCUUUCUUCAACAACAAAACCACUCAAAGCUGAAACUACUCUUUCAACCACCACACCAGCCGUCCCAUCCACUACUGUCAUUGUCGAGGAAGGAAGCACCACUGCCCAACCAUCUACAGAAUCAUCAGCUCCAAGCGCAUUCUCAACAACUUCAAAAUCUUCCACAGCUACUCAAACAACUGGACAACCAACAACAACUGAGACUGUAACUGAGAAUGAAUUAACCACAACUCAGACACCUUUGUCCACCACCACCAGGCCACCAAAAGUGGGGACAACUGGUCUAACAAGCCAACCAACGACUACAGCAACAACCACUUUAGAAGAGGUAACAGGCACAUCAUCUGAAACAUCAACAUCUACAAGCACAGCCUUGCCAGUGUCCCAAACUUCAUUGCCAGUCAUUACAUCCACACAGCCAAUAACGCUGACAAAGACAACUGCUGUACCAGUCUCUACCCUUGUGCACACAACAGUAAUUGUAGAAUCAUCCACUGGGUCUGAGGUAACCACACAGGGUCUUUCUUCAACAACAAAACCACUCAAAGCUGAAACUACUCUUUCAACCACCACACCAGCCAUCCCAUCCACUACUGUCAUUGUCGAAGAAAGAAGCACCACUGCCCAAGCAUCUACAGAAUCAUCAGCUCCAAGCGCAUUCUCAACAACUUCAAAAUCAUCUACAGCUACUCAAACAACUGGACAACCAACAACAACUGAGACUGUAACUGAGAAUGAAUUAACCACAACUCAGACACCUUUGUCCACCACCACCAGGCCACCAAAAGUGGGAACUACUGGCCUAACAAGCCAACCAACGACUACAGCAACAACCACUUUAGAAGAGGUAACAGGCACAUCAUCUGAAACAUCAACAUCUACAAGCACAGCCCUGCCAGUUUCCCAAACUUCAUUCAUGCCAGUCGUUACAUCCACACAGCCAACAACGCUGACAAAGACAACUGCUGUACCAGUCACUACCCUUGUGUACACAACAGUGAGUGUAGAAUCAUCCACUGGGUCUGAGGUAACCACUCAUGGUCUUUCUUCAACAACAAAACCACUCAAAGCUGAAACUACUCUUUCAACCACCACACCAGCCGUCCCAUCCACUACUCUCAUUGUCGAGGAAGGAAGCACCACUGCCCAAGCAUCUACAGAAUCAUCAGCUCCAAGCGCAUUCUCAACAACUUCAAAAUCUUCCACAGCUACCCAAACAACUGGACAACCAACAACAACUGAGACUGUAACUGAGAAUGAAUUAACCACAACUAAGACACCUUUGUCCACCACCACCAGGCCACCAAAAGUGGGAACUACUGGCCUAACAAGCCAACCAACGACUACAGCAACAACCAGCUUAGAAGAGGUAACAGGCACAUCAUCUGAAACAUCAACAUCUACAAGCACAGCCCUGCCAGUUUCCCAAACUUCAUUGCCAGUCGUUAAAUCCACACAGCCAACAACGCUGACAAAGACAACUGCUGUACCAGUCACUACCCUUGUGUACACAACAGUGAGUGUAGAAUCAUCCACUGGGUCUGAGGUAACCACUCAUGGUCUUUCUUCAACAACAAAACCACUCAAAGCUGAAACUACUCUUUCAACCACCACACCAGCCGUCCCAUCCACUACUGUCAUUGUCGAGGAAGGAAGCACCACUGCCCAAGCAUCUACAGAAUCAUCAGCUCCAAGCGCAUUCUCAACAACUUCAAAAUCUUCCACAGCUACUCAAACAACUGGACAACCAACAACAACUGAGACUGUAACUGAGAAUGAAUUAACCACAACUCAGACACCUUUGUCCACCACCACCAGGCCACCAAAAGUGGGAACUACUGGCCUAACAAGCCAACCAAUGACUACAGCAACAACCACUUUAGAAGAGGUAACAGGCACAUCAUCUGAAACAUCAACAUCUACAAGCACAGCCCUGCCAGUGUCCCAAACUUCAUUGCCAGUCAUUACAUCCACACAGCCAAUAACGCUGACAAAGACAACUGCUGUACCAGUCACUACCCUUGUGUACACAACAGUGAGUGUAGAAUCAUCCACUGGGUCUGAGGUAACCACUCAGGGUCUUUCUUCAACAACAAAACCACUCAAAGCUGAAACUACUCUUUCAACCACCACACCAGCCGUCCCAUCCACUACUGUCAUUGUCGAGGAAGGAAGCACCACUGCCCAAGCAUCUACAGAAUCAUCAGCUCCAAUCGCAUUCUCAACAACUUCAAAAUCUUCCACAGCUACUCAAACAACUGGACAACCAACAACAACUGAGACUGUAACUGAGAAUGAAUUAACCACAACUCAGACACCUUUGUCCACCACCACCAGGCCACCAAAAGUGGGAACUACUGGCCUAACAAGCCAACCAACGACUACAGCAACAACCACUUUAGAAGAGGUAACAGGCACAUCAUCCGAAACAUCAACAUCUACAAGCACAGCCCUGCCAGUGUCCCAAACUUCAUUGCCAGUCGUUACAUCCACACAGCCAACAACGCUGACAAAGACAACUGCUGUACCAGUCACUACCCUUGUGUACACAACAGUGAGUGUAGAAUCAUCCACUGGGUCUGAGGUAACCAGUCAGGGUCUUUCUUCAACAACAAAACCAAUCAAAGCUGAAACAACUCUUUCAACCACCACACCAGCCGUCCCAUCCACUACUGUCAUUGUCAAGGAAGGAAGCACCACUGCCCAACCAUCUACAGAAUCAUCAGCUCCAAGCGCAUUCUCAACAACUUCAAAAUCUUCCACAGCUACUCAUACAACUGGACAACCAACAACAACUGAGACUGUAACUGAGAAUGAAUUAACCACAACUCAGACACCUUUGUCCACCACCACCAGGCCACCAAAAGUGGGAACUACUGGCCCAACAAGCCAACCAACGACUACAGCAACAACCACUUUAGAAGAGGUAACAGGCACAUCAUCUGAAACAUCAACAUCUACAAGCACUGCCUUGCCAGUGUCCCAAACUUCAUUGCCAGUCAUUACAUCCACACAGCCAACAACGCUGACAAAGACAACUGCUGUACCAGUCACUACCCUUGUGUACACAACAGUGAGUGUAGAAUCAUCCACUGGGUCUGAGGUAACCACUCAGGGUCUUUCUUCAACAACAAAACCACUCAAAGCUGAAACUACUCUUUCAACCACCACACCAGCCGUUCCAUCCACUACUGUCAUUGUCGAGGAAGGAAGCACCACUGCCCAAGCAUCUACAGAAUCAUCAGCUCCAAGCGGAUUCUCAACAACUUCAAACUCAUCCACAGCUACUCAAACAACUGGACAACCAACAACAACUGAGACUGUAACUGAGAAUGAAUUAACCACAACUCAGACACCUUUGUCCACCACCACCAGGCCACCAAAAGUGGGAACUACUGGCCUAACAAGCCAACCAACGACUACAGCAACAACCACUUUAGAAGAGGUAACAGGCACAUCAUCUGAAACAUCAACAUCUACAAGCACAGCCCUGCCAGUUUCCCAAACUUCAUUGCCAGUCGUUACAUCCACACAGCCAACAACGCUGACAAAGACAACUGCUGUACCUGUCACUACCCUUGUGUACACAACAGUGAGUGUAGAAUCAUCCACUGGGUCUGAGGUAACCACUCAGGGUCUUUCUUCAACAACAAAACCACUCAAAGCUGAAACUACUCUUUCAACCACCACAGCAGCCGUCCCAUCCACUACUGUCAUUGUCGAGGAAGGAAGCACCACUGCCCAAGCAUCUACAGAAUCAUCAGCUCCAAGCGCAUUCUCAACAACUUCAAAAUCUUCCACAGCUACUCAAACAACUGGACAACCUACAGCAACUGAGACUGUAACUGAGAAUGAAUUAACCACAACUCAGACACCUUUGUCCACCACCACCAGGCCACCAAAAGUGGGAACUACUGGCCCAACAAGCCAACCAACGACUACAGCAACAACCACUUUAGAAGAGGUAACAGGCACAUCAUCUGAAACAUCAACAUCUACAAGCACAGCCCUGCCAGUGUCCCAAACUUCAUUGCCAGUCGUUAAAUCCACACAGCCAACAACGCUGACAAAGACAACUGCUGUACCAGUCACUACCCUUGUGUACACAACAGUGAGUGUAGAAUCAUCCACUGGAUCUGAGGCAACCACUCAGGGUCUUUCUUCAACAACAAAACCACUCAAAGCUGAAACUACUCUUUCAACCACCACACCAGCCAUCCCAUCCACUACUGUCAUUGUCGAUGAAAGAAGCACCACUGCCCAACCAUCUAGAGAAUCAUCAGCUCCAAGCGCAUUCUCAACAACUUCAAAAUCAUCUACAGCUACUCAAACAACUGGACAACCAACAACAACUGAGACUGUAACUGAGAAUGAAUUAACCACAACUCAGACACCUUUGUCCACCACCACCAGGCCACCAAAAGUUGGAACUACUGGCCUAACAAGCCAACCAACGACUACAGCAACAACCACUUUAGAAGAGGUAACAGGCCCAUCAUCUGAAACAUCAACAUCUACAAGCACAGCCCUGCCAGUUUCCCAAACUUCAUUGCCAGUUGUUACAUCCACACAGCCAACAACGCUGACAAAGACAACUGCUGUACCAGUCACUACCCUUGUGUACACAACAGUGAGUGUAGAAUCAUCCACUGGGUCUGAGGUAACCACUCAGGGUCUUUCUUCAACAACAAAACCACUCAAAGCUGAAACUACUCUUUCAACCACCACACCAGCCAUCCCAUCCACUACUGUCAUUGUCGAGGAAGGAAGCACCACUGCCCAAGCAUCUACAGAAUCAUCAGCUCCAAGCGCAUUCUCAACAACUUCAAAAUCUUCCACAGCUACUCAAACAACUGGACAACCAACAACAACUGAGACUGUAACUGAGAAUGAAUUAACCACAACUCAGACACCUUUGUCCACCACCACCAGGCCACCAAAAGUGGGAACUACUGGCCUAACAAGCCAACCAACGACUACAGCAACAACCACUUUAGAAGAGGUAACAGGCACAUCAUCUGAAACAUCAACAUCUACAAGCACAGCCCUGCCAGUGUCCCAAACUUCAUUGCCAGUUGUUACAUCCACACAGCCAACAACGCAGACAAAAACAACUGCUGUACCAGUCACUACCCUUGUGUACACAACAGUGAGUGGAGAAUCAUCCACUGGGUCUGAGGUUACCACUCAGGGUCUUGCUUCAACAACAAAACCACUCAAAGCUGAAACUACUCUUUCAACCACCACACCAGCCGUCCCAUCCAGUACUCUCAUUGUCGAAGAAGGAAGCACCACUGCCCAACCAUCUACAGAAUCAUCAGCUCCAAGCGCAUUCUCAACAACUUCAAAAUCAUCUACAGCUACUCAAACAACUGGACAACCAACAACAACUGAGACUGUAACUGAGAAUGAAUUAACCACAACUCAGACACCUUUGUCAACCACCACCAGGCCACCAAAAGUGGGGACGACUGGUCUAACAAGCCAACCAACGACUACAGCAACAACCACUUUAGAAGAGGUAACAGGCACAUCAUCUGAAACAUCAACAUCUACAAGCACAGCCCUGCCAGUGUCCCAAACUUCAUUGCCAAUCGUUACAUCCACACAGCCAACAACGCUGACAAAGACAACUGCUGUACCAGUCACUACCCUUGUGUACACAACAGUGAGUGUAGAAUCAUCCACUGGGUCUGAGGCAACCACUCAUGGUCUUUCUUCAACUACAAAACCACUCAAAGCUGAAACUACUCUUUCAACCACCACACCAGCCAUCCCAUCCACUACUGUCAUUGUCGAGGAAGGAAGCACCACUGCCCAACCAUCUACAGGAUCAUCAGCUCCAAUCGUAGUUUCCGCAACUUCAAAAUCAUUUACACCUACUCAAACAACUGGACAACCAACAACGACUGAGACUGUAACUGAAAAUGAGUUGACCACAACUCAGACACCUUUGUCCACCACCACCAGGCCACCAAAAGUGGGGACGACUGGCCUAACAAGCCAACCAACGACUACAGCAACAACCACUUUAGAAGAGGUAACAGGCACAUCAUCUGAAACAUCAACAUCUACAAGCACAGCCCUGCCAGUGUCCCAAACUUCAUUGCCAGUUGUUACAUCCACACAGCCAACAACGCUGACAAAAACAACUGCUGUACCAGUCACUACCCUUGUGUACACAACAGUGAGUGUAGAAUCAUCCACUGGGUCUGAGGUUACCACUCAGGGUCUUGCUUCAACAACAAAACCACUCAAAGUUGAAACAACAUCCUCUUUAUUGUCAACCACUUCAGUUGUUUGUUGUUUUGUUAAUGGCACACAUUUUCAAUCAGGUGAUAUCAUUUACAAUGUUACUGAUGGCUUUGGUUGGUGCUUCACUGCAUACUGUAAUGCAACUUGUAAUAUUGCGAAGAUUUCAACAUCAUGUGAAACCUCCCCAUCACCAUCCAUUCCUCCUGCAACAACCACAUAUUCCAGUUCAUCAACAACCACAGAAACAACACAGCCUGCCACAACUAAUACAGACACAGAAGUAACAACUACCACCUAUGGGCCUAAGUGUGAUGCACUUAAUCCACCAAGACAGCCCAAUGAUAUUUGGCAGAGUGGAUGUCAAAUGUGUGAGUGUGAGGGUGAAACACUGACCGUCCGUUGCCAGCCGGUAACUUGUCCUGUUUCACCACCUGUUACUUGCGAUCAGCCUGGACAAGUGUUUGUGAACACAACAAUUGACUGCUGUGAGAUCCAUGAGUGCAGUUGUGAUGUGAACCUUUGCCCUAUUCCCACAAUACAAUGCCCAUUGGGCUUUAUACCAUCCUUCAGCGUGUCUCCAGAUAACUGCUGUCCAGAGUUUAUUUGCUCACCCAUGGAAGUCUGUGUCCAUAAUACCACAGUGUAUCAGCCUGGCUCAACUAUACCAAGCGAUGAUCCUUGUACACUUUGUUAGUGUGGUUGGAACGUAGAUCCUGAAACAAAUCUUCUUGCUCCAGAGUGUGUGAUAGCUGACUGCAACAAUAACUGUCCAGAGGGUCACGAGUACCAACUCAUUCCUGGUCAGUGCUGUGGAGAGUGUGUUAGCACCGAUUGUGUGGUUAUGCAUGACAACAUCACAGUUACCGUUCCAGUUGACCAGAUUUGGCAACCAGCUAAUGACAAAUGUGUGAAUUACAAGUGUGAGAGAGUCAAUGGUAACUCAAUGACAGUUGAGAUUAAGACCACUUGCCCUGCCUUCAAUCCUGAGAAUUGUAUCCC